AUGCGGCGGAAAAUCCAGUCGCUCAUCGUCGGAUAUGGCGUGCCGGCCAUCUGGUUCACCAUCAACCCGAACGACAUUACGAACCCGGUGAAGCUGCGACUGGCGGCAUACCGCACACGCGAUCCCGACGCGGCCGAGGAGUUCUUAGAAGGCCUUGGGGAUGCGUAUAAGCGGGCACGGCUGGCGAUAUCGGAUCCCAUGAGCUCGGCCGUGUUCUUCCACCGCGAGAUGAAGCUGUUCUUCGAUCAUUACGUGAAGGUCGGUGAAGACUCGAUGCUUGCCGACAUCCACGGGGAGGAUCAGGCGGCGUAUCGCGAGCGAAUCGUCCGAUACAUCGAUAGCGUCUUCUCAGAGGAUCUGGACCAGGAAAGUUUUUGCGCCGUGCAAGCGGAGCGAUCUGUGACGGGCGGUAUUGGUUCCCUGCUGGACAACGCCGCGCAGUUCUCGGCCGCGUUUAUCGAGGAGGCCAACUUCUGUGCCGGCGCGACGCAGGAGGGCGGAAGGGGACCUCUGCCGGUUCAAGGCGCCAUGGAGGUUAGUCGACAAGACCGCCCUCACGGCAGACGGGUGCUGCAGAUCCGGAGGACACACAGCAUGGUCAAUCGAUGGAACGAGGCUAUUGCUGUCGGGCUCCGGCACAACCAUGAUAUUUCCUUCAUUGCGACGCAGCGCAAGACAAUGGCCCUCAUCUAUUAUGUCACGAACUACGCGACCAAGGUGGAGGACCCGGUGUGGAAGCGUGUGGCGGCCGCGGCCGAGCUCCUGGCCGCCUCAACAGGGAACAGGACGCGACAGUUCCUGAGAGUGGCGAACCGCGUGUUCACGGAGCGUCCGCUAUCACAGGUCGAGGUCGUCGCUCACCUUCUCGGAUAUCCGGCCGAGUUCACCGACAGCAGCGCGUGGGCGUACCUGAACUGUUCUCUGCUGUACUGGGAAGUCUUUCGGCAAUGGCGGCAUCUCCGAGAAGCCAGUGGCGCUGCGGCUAUGGAUGACACCUUGGAUGAGUCGGUGCUCAGGCGGCCGGGCAAGCACGCUACCGUCUGCCUCGACGGCUACCUGAGCAAGGACUUCACCUACGAUGACGAGUCGUGCUACCGGAGGGCAGCCGUGCAGCAUCUUGCGUUGUUCGUGCCGUGGGAGUCCUUCCUGGGCGAAGGAACAGGUGAGAUCAACAGCAUCUGGGCGCGGGCUCGAGACGCUAUGGCCCCGAGAAUAUCAUGUCUCGUCGACAACGUGCAGCUGCUUCGACGAUCCGCCGAAGACGCAAAACGCGACGCCAAGCAAUGGGCAGCCUCGUCCGGCGAUGGCGACCCGACGGUCGCACACGUCGAGGAGGGUGGAGCAGGCGAGGCGGGCGCGGAGUCUGCAGCGGUGCCAACUAAGUUAAAGAAGCUGCCGGGGAUCACCAAUUUCACGCACCAUACCACAAUCAAGCAUCACAACUUGAUCAAAGUCUGA